AUGCACGACAGUACAGCUCCAAUGAACGCCACAAGCAUCCACGCAAAUCGCCUCGCUCAGGCUGCUCAAGUCCACACCGGAGCAUCAUCAUCAUCCUCAGCAGCACCACGACCCGUCACACACGUAGCACGCUCCUCGAUGGGCAAACGAAUAGUACUCCCAGCCGUAGCCGCCAUCGUCGUCGGUUCCGCGAUUGUAGCACUAAACAGCGAAUUCAAGAGCACACGACGCUCCGACCCGAUGCAAGCGCAGAACAACUCGUUGAUGGACUCGUACGGCGACAAGGACAGCCUGGAGGACUUGCAGAAGGCCAUGGAGGCGUAUGAGAAGAGGUAA